AAAAAUGGUUUGUCUCAAAAAGGAAACAAGCACGAACUGGUUCGACGUAUUGCACAGAACAAUGGUGAAACAGAGGAAAACAGUUUUUACCCUGACUACAAUGGAGAUCCAAGCUCACUACCAGAUACAGUUGCUAAUAUCAGGAAAAUACCUAUUGCUACAUUAAAAUAUAUAUUAAAGUCCCAUGCGUUAUCGUACUGUGGCAACAAAGAUGAUUUAGUCCUCAGAGUUUUUCUUUUGAGUCAUAGACGUACUCAUCUUUGCUCAUUCAGUCAAGCAAAAAUUAUAGAGGAGACAAUAGCCAGUGCAAGAAAGAUUAUAGCAGAGGAAGUUAAAGAGUAUUUGCUAAACAUGGACAACGUGAAACGAAUUAGAGUGAACAGAAGUGUCCUGAAAGAAAAAUCGAAAAUAAGAGUCCCCGAGAAUAUCACAAACGUAAGUGAUCUUCAUCAGUUAUUCAAGUCUCUUAAGAGGUAUGUCGCUCGAUCAACCAAUAUCGGUGAAAGGGAUGCCAAGGAUGAUGUGGUGAAAUCAGGAUAUAAUACACUGUGUGCCGAAACAGAUAAUGGACUUGAGAAUUUCUUUGAGGUCGGAGUUCGUGUGAAGGUUUGUUGGAAGAAGGAAGAGAUAGGCAACUCUGGUUGGCGGCCUGGGUGGUAUGUUGCUGAAGUUCAGAAUGCCAAUUCAAUGCUAGACCAAAUUGAAGUCGUUUACCUUUCAGAACCAGAAUCAGUUUACAAAAUUGAUGUGACUUCAAUGCUGGCCGAAGGAAAGUUACAGUUAUCAAAAUGA